ACCAUGUCUGCAAAGGAAAAGUCGAAAUUUGAAGAUUUGGCCAAGAGCGACAAAGCUCGUUAUGACAGGGAGAUGAAGAAUUAUGUUCCUCCCAAAGGUGAUAAGAAAGGCAAGAAAAAGGAUCCUAAUGCUCCAAAAAGACCACCGUCUGCCUUCUUCCUGUUUUGCUCUGAACAUCGCCCAAAGAUCAAAAGUGAACACCCAGGCCUGUCUAUUGGAGAUACUGCAAAAAAAUUGGGUGAGAUGUGGUCUGAACAGUCUGCCAAAGAUAAACAACCCUAUGAGCAGAAAGCAGCCAAACUAAAGGAGAAGUAUGAAAAGGAUAUUGCUGCAUACCGUGCCAAGGGCAAAAGUGAAGCAGGAAAGAAGGGUCCUGGAAGGCCAACAGGGUCAAAGAAGAAGAAUGAACCAGAAGAUGAGGAAGAGGAGGAGGAGGAGGAGGAAGAUGAAGAUGAUGAGGAAGAAGACGAGGAUGAAGAAUAAAUGGCUGUCCUAAAAUGUGUGGAGUGUAUGUGCUCAGGCAACUAUUUUGCUAAGAAUGUGAAAUUCAAGUGCAGCUCAACAUUAGCUUCAGUAUAAAAAAACUGUACAGAUUUUUGUAUAGCUGAUAAAAUUCUUUGUAGAGAAAAUACUUUUUUAAAAGAGUUUGUAGCUUUUUUAGGGGCUACAACAUACAGUUAGAUUUAAAGCUUUUGAUGUUGAAUGUUCCUAAAUAUUUAAUGGUUUCGUUAGUUUCUUAUGGUAGCACAGCAAACUUCAUAGGAAUUUGUAUUGCCAGUAAUUUUUUUUUAGGAUGUUGCAUUUUCUUUUUUGUUUUUUUUUUUUUUAAAUUUGUAAUAAAAUAAUGUAUAUUACUUGCA